AUAUUUACAGCUCUUUCACAAUAUUGCAACACAUCGCCAUAUGGGGAAAUCUUGUUGCUUUCUAUGUCAUCAAUUGGAUUGUCAGUGCCUUCCCAUCCUCUGGCCUGUAUACAAUAAUGUUUCGCUUAUGUAGACAGCCCUCAUAUUGGAUUACUAUAUUUAUCAUUGUCACAGCUGGCAUGGGUCCAGUGCUAGCUUUGAAGUACUUCAGGUAUACCUACAGAUCAAGUAAAAUUAACAUACUUCAGCAAGCCGAACGUAUGGGAGGACCUAUAUUGACCCUGGGUAAUAUAGAGCCUCAGUCGAGAUCCUUGGAUAAAGAUGUUACACCUUUAUCAAUUUCUCAACCCAAGAACCGUACUUCUGUCUAUGAACCACUACUCUCAGAUUCACCUAGUGCUACAAGACGUUCUUUUGGACCAGGGGCUCCAUUUGAUUUCUUUCAGUCCCAGGCCCGGUUGUCUUCAAAUUAUACAAGAAACUGCAAGGACAACUAAUAUUGGCAGUUCUCCUGGCAGGACAUGCGGAAAUUAUACAGAUCACAUGUAGAAAAGAUAUUACAGUGAGGACACUAACUGUCGAUCCGUUUUUUUCAACUUACCAGCAUCUUAUUCUACACAUUUUCUAUGUUGCGCGUGUUACAGUUGCAUCAAACUGCCUAUGUCAUACUCAGGGCUGUAUUUGGCAGCUUAUGGCGUAAAGAUCAGGACCGAUUACUGUUCCCAAGGUAUGAAGAUGCAACACGUUAGCACAAUUUGAUUAUUGUUUGUUGGAGGAAACAGUGAAACAUUUCGCAGAUUCUGACACCCCAUUUUUGAGGUGAUAUUAAUUUACGUACUCAAUUAGAAUGGAAUCAAAGAGAUCUAUUUGUCAUAGGAAUAUUCAUUUCACAUUUUUUUUUUCUCAAGGACGAUGCUAUUGAUUGUAUCUGUAUAAGAGUAAGGACAUCAAUGAGCUGGAAACCUCAAUUUCAGAAAAUGAAGUUCCUGCGUAACAAUUGCAGUCAACA